AUGAUGGUUACUUUCGCCAACAACCAGGACAAUCUCGAGGCCAUCAUUCGCAAUAGAGCAUACGUGAUUUACCCCCCUGAGGGCCCUCGCCCGCCCACUGCAGAGGAGGUGAGGGGGCUAGCGCAGAGGCGGCAGCAGGGGGAGGGGAAGCAGGCUGAGGGGCAGAGAAGGGGCAAGAGGGUGAGAAGAGGCACAGGGCGGGCAGGGAAGGGUGGAGAGGCGCAGAGGGAAGCAGGUUGGCAGGCAGCGAUGGGGGGAGGGGUGCAGAGGGAAGCAGAGGGUCAGCUGCUGGAGAGGGCGGAAGGGGGGGGGAGUCACCAGACGCCAAACCCUGGGCGAGGCGAGGAGGUGGGGGUGGUCUGGCGAAGGAGUGGGGGUUCUGGCGAGGAGGUGGGGUUUCUGGCGCAGAUGUGUCAGCAGCAGGCAGAGAGGAGCAGGCUGGGUGGCAGCGAGGGGUGGAGGGGCGCAGAGGCAGCAGCAGGGCGAGGCGAGGCAGGUUGGAACUUGGAGGUAGUGAAAGGGGGAGGGGCGCAGAGGGGUAGCAGGUUGGUGGGCAGUGAAGGGGGGGGUGGGGCACAGACUGCGCUGCGCCGCACAGUAGACGGCAGCAGGGUAGUGGGUACAGUAGACAGCAGCAGUAGACGCAUAGAUGGUACAGUAGGUCUGAUGGGGGAAAAGAGGGCUCUAUCUAGUAUGGGGCAUCUCAACUCUCCUGCUCAACUCCUUCCCACCACCACCCAGCACUCAUCGUCAACUCCCUCCUGCCACCCUUCCAUGUCGAAACCCCUCGCCUCGCUUCACACAGCGCGCCUCAACAGCGCUUGA